CAUAAGUCGCGACCCUUUUGUCUGCAACAUCGGUAAGUACUUUUCCAAUCCGUCCGGGGUAAUUUCGACACGUUACAAAAUUUAUUGUUCAAGUUUGUGGAAGCCGCGGCCCGACCAGGCAUUUUGCACCUGCUCGACUGCCUACCUGCAGACCCCAUGUCUCAAGCCCAAGCUGAAGGACAUCAGUCCUCCUACACGCAGCCGUUGGCAUCCGACCAGACUCCUGACCCUGAGAGUUUGGAAAACAAAGAACGAGAAGCAGCAAAAAAUGUCUCCGUAAUCAGGGGACUAGGAUGGCUUGACCGCUUCCUUGCGGUGUGGAUCCUUCUUGCCAUGAUCAGUGGCGUACUACUAGGAAACUUCGUUGAAGAGACGGGACCGGCCCUCCAAAAGGGCAAAUUCGUUGGCGUCUCCGUACCUAUCGCGUUGGGCUUGCUCGUCAUGAUGUACCCAAUCCUUUGCAAAGUUCGCUACGAGACGUUGCACAAAUUGUUCCGAACUCGCGCUCUCUGGGCCCAGAUUGGGUUUAGUGUCUUUAUGAAUUGGAUUGUGGCACCGCUUCUCAUGCUUGGUCUUGCUUGGGCUUUCUUGCCAGAUAAAAGCGAACUGCGAACAGGAUUGGUGUUGGUAGGACUAGCUAGAUGCAUCGCAAUGGUCUUGAUAUGGAACAAUCUAGCUGGCGGAGACGAGGAAUAUUGCGCCAUUUUGGUAGCAGUGAACUCCAUUCUCCAAAUGAUACUUUACGCUCCACUUGCCAUCCUCUUCGUCAAGGUAAUUAGCCGCGAAACUGGCACGACCGCCGUCUCCUACGAAACGGUCGCGAAGAGCGUUGCAGUGUUCCUUGGGAUACCUCUGGGCGCUGCAGUUCUGACACGCUUCGUAUUGCGAAGGCUGAUUAGCCCAGAGUGGUACGAAAAGGUUUUCCUCAAGUGGCUGGCGCCGUGGUCCCUCAUCGGCCUUCUUUAUACCAUCCUGGUCCUUUUCGCCUCCCAAGGCCGCCAAGUCAUACACCAAAUUGUCUCUGUUGUUAGAGUUGCGGCGCCUCUCAUCGUAUACUUCAUGGUUAUCUUUUUCUUUACACUGAUCGUGUGUCAUAAGCUUGGCUAUGGUUACAAACUCGGGGCCACCCAGAGCUUCACAGCUGCGAGUAACAACUUCGAACUCGCCAUCGCGGUUGCUGUUGCCACGUAUGGCCCGAAUAGCGACCAGGCACUUGCUGCUACAGUCGGACCUCUCAUUGAGGUACCUGUAUUGGUUGGAUUAGUGUACCUAGUGAGAUGGAUGGGUGGCAGAUGGAAUUGGAGAGAGACUUAGUAGGCGGAGGGUAUAACUGGGCAUUCUGUAAUAGGGGACUUACUAGAGCCGUAUGAAUGCUGG